UUUUAUUUCAAAAUAAAAUAAAUAAAUAUCCUUUUCUAAGAAAUUUGAAGCUUUUGUAGUUUAUUCAUUAUGUCUUUUGGUAAUAAUCAAUCAGUUAAUGCUGCAAUUAAUAGGGCAUUUGCAUUAACGGAUUAUAAUAUUUAUAACAACAUACAUAAACAAGAUAAAUUCCAAAAACAAACAAUUCUUGCUGAUGAAUCACUUACAGAGAAUGAAAAAUCUGAAGCAAUAAGAAUAUUAACUAAAGGUUAUGAUCAAGAUAAACUUUGUUAUAAUAAAGGGACAAAAAGAAUUUGUGAAAAUUGUAACCAAGAAUGUUUGGCUACAUUAUUUUGUGAACUUUGUGUUCGAAAUUAUUUAAAAGCAAAUUUUUCAAAUUGGACAUCUGGAAACAAUGAUAUUGAUAAUUUAAUACAAGAAUGUCAAAUGAAAUCAAUUACCACAUAUAAAAUACCAGAAUGGAUUCCAUAUAAUAGUUUUAAAAAUGUUAAAUAUCUAACAAAAGGUGGAUUUUCAGAAAUUUAUACAGCAACAUGGAUUAAUGGAAGAUAUGAAGAAUGGGAUUCUAAAAAACAACAAUUAAAAAGAUUUGGAAAUUUUAAUAUAGUGCUUAAAAAUUAGAAAAUAUUGAAAAUGCAAUCAAAGUUGGUUUGAAGAGGCUAAAUCACAUUUAUAUAUAAGCA